AUGAAAACUAGCCAAUCAGAUAGCUCCGUCCUUGCAUUCUCGAUACCUUUCUCUGAGUUGCCGCGAUCGUCGCCGUCUCCGGUGAAGGUCCUUGCAUUCUCGAUACCUUUCUCUGAGUUGCCGCGAUCGUCGCCGUCUCCGGUGAAGGUCCUUGCAGUCUCGAUCGUCCCCGCUUUCCAUCUUCGGUCUUCGCGAGAUAUGGUUGAUGUAAAAACUUUGUUGAGAGAACACCUACCGAGUGACAUUUUGGCUGCUUUGAAUGCUCAGAAGGUGUGCCCUAUCACCCUUGAACAGCUGCGACCCCUCUGCUCUGCUGAACAAUUUGAACAGGCCAGACAAGCCACUGAGUCAGGUUAUACUCUGCAUCUCAAUUACGAUGGCAUGAGUGUUCUUGUUUUGGUUUGGAAUGGUGAGAACCCAGACACCUCUCCUGAGUUGGCGAAAUGUGAUUGGGAAAUAGAAGGAGGUAGGAUAAGAAAUCAAAGAGAGCAUAGGCUGUGCUGGGCCUAUGCCUCGUCGGAUCUUCAUAGUGCAGCGAGAGUGAUCAAUGAGGAUGAUAAAAAGUACAAGGCCUUCUGCCCUUGGUACCUGUGUGAGUGCGCAGAACCCGAUCUGCUUCUCGAGGAUCUUGAUAAUGUUGGACAUCACUGCUAUGAAUACCUUAUGGAGGAUGCUCUUGAACAUAUGGUAGACACUGGAAUACCAAGGGAAGUAAGGCGCGUUUAUGACUGCAGAAAAAGACCUACCACACUUGGAGAUGUGAAGUACAAGAUCGAUUCUGUACAGAAAUUCUCGGAUCUUCGCAGUGCCUUAGCCCACCUUCCCAAUCAACCUAUUGGUGCUGAUAUAAUCCUUUGUAACGAGCUCUGGGAUAAGUCUACGAAAGUGUACAGGGGUCCAUUGUUUCCGGGUUCAAUAAUUCAAGGCUAUCACUCCGUCAUCAUAAUUCGAGUUAUAUGGAUUAACGGCGAGGCUGUGGCCAUCUGUAAGUCCAGUAACGGCACUGGUGUGGGUGACAAAGGGUACUUUAGGGUCUCUUUAAGCGUGUUCUAUUCGGUGUUGAGGUGCGAUGAAGUUGAUGGCGAACACGUAAGACCUGGUGAUUCAAUGAACCUCCUCUCUGAUUUCGUAUGCCCGAGACUCCCCAAGCAAAAAAUCAACAUCGCUUGCCCAGGAAACCCCAAGGAGAAAGUCAACAACAAGCGCAAGCGUGAUGCUUGA